CUAACUGUCAAGGCUGCUUGUGCUGGCAUCAGCCGCUAACGAUGAUGUCAGUACAAGAGUAACAGUAAGCCGGUUAAACUAUUUUAAGUUGUAUGAUGAUGUACAUAUUAUUUAUUGCCUUUAUUGUCCCUUUUUGGGCCGACUGUGCCAUUAAAUCAAGAGUCACUCCGGAAGAAAAUCCAGAAUUCGAGUCUCUAAGCGCUAUCCUAUCAGACUUUGAGGUCCUGCCUUGGUCAGGUCUUCAACAGCACUCCGUGAGGAAGAGGGAUACCCACACCCAGUCCAACCUCGAACGCCUGAUCAGCUUCAGUGCCUUGCAGAGACAAUUUAAACUCUACUUGACCACUAAUACAGACCUAUUCACAAAGGAUUUCAAGGCUGUGUUUGUUGACAAACAAGGGAGGGGGCAAAACUUUGACGUUCAGCUCCAGAACUAUUUCACUGGACAUGUCGUUGGGGAGGAGCAUUCGCGUGUGCAGGCACACAUAGACAGGGAUGAGUUCUCUGCCCACAUCCUAACUGAUGACGCUGAAUACAAUGUAGAGCCCUUGUGGAGGUUUACAGAGUCGCCCCCUGAUGGGCGGGUGCUGGUUUAUCGCUCUGAGGACAUCAGGAAUCUCAGCCGUGUUGCCUCUCCAAAAGUGUGUGGGUACAUCCACGCACAGUCCCAGGACCUGCUCCCGGAGGCUGCCAGGAUGGGUUGGGAGGGAGUCGAUGAGGUGGAGGAGCUCCACCACAGAGAGAAGAGACACGCCCACAACCACAAAAAGAACACCUGUCCCCUGCUCCUGGUAGCAGAUUACCGCUUCUUCAAGAACAUGGGCCGUGGAGAAGAGAGUGUCACUCUCAACUACCUGAUUGAGUUGAUAGAUCGAGUGGAUGACAUCUACCGCAACACAACUUGGGAUGAUGAAUUUGAAGGUUAUGGAGUCCAGAUUCAACAGAUCAUCAUCAACAAAGAGCCUACCAAACCGCCCCCAGACUCAGCAGACACUGGGUGGGUCCACUACAACAUGGAGAACAGCCCAGUUAAAGGAAAGGAGGUCUGGGAUGUGAAGAGACUCCUGGAGCAAUUCAGCUCAGACAUAGCCGAUAAUGCGUCCACCGUGUGCCUGGCCCACCUGUUCACCUACCAGGAUUUUGAUGAGGGGACCCUGGGACUUGCCUACGUGGCCCCUUCCAAACCCAUGGCCCUUGGAGGCCUCUGCCCCAGACCAUACUACCCAUCUCAUUCCAUCAAGAAACCCAGUUACCUUAACACUGGUUUGACCAGCACCAAGAAUUAUGGGAAAACCAUUCUAACGAAGGAGGCAGACUUGGUGACCACCCAUGAGCUGGGCCAUAACUUUGGAGCAGAGCAUGACCCAGACAACUUGCCCCUCUGUGCCCCGAGUGACGAUCACGGGGGAAAAUUUGUUAUGUACCCCAUUGCUGUGAGCGGCGACCAUGUCAACAACAAGCGUUUCUCCAAUUGCAGCAAACGCUCCAUAGGGAAGACGUUGCGUUUCAAAGCUCCUGUGUGCUUCAAGGAAAGGAACAGCAAGGUGUGUGGGAACUCGCGGGUGGAGGAAGGUGAGGAGUGUGACCCUGGGCUACUCCAUCUUAAUGAUGAUCCCUGCUGCACAAGUGACUGCAAGUUCAAACCUGGCGCCCAAUGCAGUGACAGAAACAGCCCUUGCUGUAAGAGUUGCAAGUUUGAGCGACCAGGAAAGAAGUGCCAGGAACCCAUCAGUGCUACCUGCAAAGGCAUGUCUAGCUGCACAGGCAACAGCAGUGAGUGUCCACCUCCUGCAAAUGCCCCUGACAACACCAUAUGUGUUGACAACGGCCUCUGUCACGGUGGAGAGUGCAACCCUUUCUGUGAGGCCACGCAGAACCUUCAGUCCUGUGCUUGUAAUGAGACAGAGGACUCCUGUAAAGUGUGCUGCAGGGGCAAAGAUGGCACCUGUGCUCCCUUUAUUCAAGCAGAUGGCAGAUUUCUUUUCCUGCGCAAGGGAAAACCCUGCACUGUGGGCUUCUGUGACGAGAGCGGAAAGUGUAUGAAGCAGGUGCAGGAUGUGAUUGAGAGGUUGUGGGAUUUCAUUGACAAGCUGGACAUUAACACAUUUGGCAAGUUUUUAGCUGAUAACAUAGUGGGCUCUGUAGUGGUGUUUUCCCUCAUCUUCUGGAUUCCCCUCAGUAUCCUGGUUCACUGUGUGGACAAACGGCUUGACCAGCAGUAUGAGGAGAACACCAACUGUUUGUAUUACCCUCCAAGUAGUCAGGAUAUGCUAAGCGGCUUCGAGUCGGCGUCUGUGCGCAUCGUCAAGCCUCCUCCUCCCUUCUUCUCCGCCGCCCGGACCGCACCCUCCUCCCUGCCGCCACAGCCCCAGCAGCAGGCUCAGAUGGGGCCUUCGCCCAUGGACGGCAGCAGCAGCAGCAAUACUGCCCCAGGUCCGAGUUGCGGCCCCACCCCGGCCUGCGGAGGGGGACCACGAAUGGCCACCAUCCAGGAGGACACCAGCAGCGACUCUCACCUGGGAGAGGAGGGCACGCUGGAGGACGACUUCACAACCGCAGGAGCUUACUUGUCGGCUAUGAAAUCCUCCUACGAGGAUCUGACAGAGCAGAACCCGUCCUCCAGGGAGCGCCGGCGCCUCAAGAGACAGGCCUGCAUUGACACAAAGGAGACCGAAUGCUGAGGUGAGUAAUGGCAUACAGGUCAUAGUCGACCCAGUUGUGGUGUGUCACAGGACUGAGGACCACAUUUGAGGCAACAUUAGAUGUAGAUAUUAUUAGCUACGAGAAAUUGAAUAAACCAAAAGUAAAGUACAAAUGGUGCUGGAGUAGUCUCGUGAUGCCUGUGACUGCAGUUUGGAAUCGCUACUGAGUGACUUUGUGUGUUUGUGUGUUUUGGGCAAAUACAUCCUGUGCCUUUUUAAAUUAUAUUUGUGUAAGCACUAGCUGUCACCCAGAUCCAGUCAAACCAAGACAGUUUGGUAUUUAGAAGUUGGUUUUAAUUAACUUAGUCUUUGGUACCAGAUUUGCAGUGACAUUUUUCUCGAAUGCAUUUUAGAGCCAAAUCAUCUUUGUUCUGUUGUUACGCAGUGGAAAAAGGCAAUCCUUGUAUUCAGAUGUUUUUCCGAAACCAAAUAUUUUCAAAACCCAAUACUGUAAAUUGAUCCUGUGGCUCUAUUUGCUUUAGCCUGCGUGUCCUUUUGACCAAAAAUAAAAAAAAUGAAGAGCAAUCAUUGUUGACCAAAUUGAAGAAAGUUUUGUUUUCAAAACUCAAAAAUGUGUACCAUUAUUUUUGCCCUAACAGCUGUGCAGACUGUCUCCACAGCUGGAAGAUCAGAAAUCAUAUUAGAGUUGUAACCACAUUGUGUUGCAUGGGGAAUAGACAGUUCACAUUGACACACUUGUAAAUUGUUGAUGUGCAGACUGGUAGAUAACCGAACCUUAAAUCUGUAAAGAUUUUAUCCUUAAUCUGUCUCAUUAACUACUGCACUUAAAAGUAUCGUUCAUUUCACUGGAGGAUGACCUAUGUGUGUGUGUGUGUUGUUGCUGUUUUAUUUUUGUUUGUUUCAUGUGAAAAUACUUUCUCACCAACGCCUUUGUUGUUUAGGCUAAAGGCUUGCAUCUCAUCAUUUUGACUGCCUUCGUACUUAAAUGCAACUAUGGAUACUGUACAAGGAACGAUAAUAUCUUCAGUAUUACAUUUCUGCUGUUUGACCAUUUGGUAACUGUUUUGAAAAGUAAGGGACCGUAAUAGAUCUGUAUCAUUUUAACUGUUUUUCCAUCAUAUUGUUGCCUAGUGAUACUUAAUCCACAUGACAACUCCUAAGAAACAGUAAUGUGCCUUUUCUGCUGUUGUGCCUAAAAUACUUUUCUGUGUGUAACAAGUCUCAAUAAUGAACUAGGAUCCAGUCCCUUUUAAUCGUGCAGUAGAGUCCUAGUGCGGAGCAAAUGUUAUUGCAUCAACUGUUUUUCUGACUUGUGCCAAUUUAACCAUGUAACUCUUAGUGGUUUUGUUGUCUUUUCACUGUUGCUUGUCAUAUGUUAAAUAUUACAAAUGGCUUCCUUAUUGUAGCUCAAAUGAAGCCCAUAAUACCGCUUGCUCUAUAGGAUAGAUGUUCUGUUCUGCAUUAAGGUAUAUGGGAUGGAUUAUGUGAAUUUAAAUAUUUCUGUGCUAAUAAAGGUGUCCACCCAUAAGGUCAGUUUAAGUUCUUGCUCGCAUUAACUGCACAUAUCCAAAAUAAAAAUAUUUAUUGUACAUUUUAAAA